CCUGCGAAUACGCCAAACAAUUAUAACAAAGUUUUUUUUAUAUUUCUAUUGGUAGCCUCUGUCAAUUUUGAGCAUUAAUCUUGCCGCGUUUGAAAUUGUCAACCUGCUGAGUCAGUGUAUGUAUCAACAUUAAAUUUCCGUUAAAUAACUGCUCCUAAUUUAUACCCAGACCCAGGGAGACUACCCAGACCAUUAGAAGUUUUAUUUCUCCAAGUUUGUUUUUUUUCUUCCCCCGACUACAAUUUCUGUUGUUUCACGUUAAUAUUAUUACCGGCCUAGCUUUUAGGUUAGGUGGUUAAAUUUCGAUUUAUACAAUGGAAGAACUGACAAAGCACUUGGAAAAAGUAAAAAUACCCACUCCAAAUGAUAAGAUUUAUAAGGAUGAAUGCGUACUAUCUUUUGAUACUCCAGAAACGCCAACUGGUUUAUACUUGAGUUUGACAACUUUUUUGGGAUUUGGCGUUGAUUAUGUAUCAGACUAUUUUCAACGCACUGGAAAUUCAGUAUUUCUCCAUAUUACUAGGAUAAAACAUGAAAUACCAGCUGAACAAACAGAAGAUGGUCCAGACAAAAAGAUUACACGCCUAGCAAUCGGGACUCCAGGUGGAUUCAAUCCAGAUGUACAAAAGUACAACUACGAGGAAAAGUAUGAAAUAGUAUUAAUGCCAGGUUUUGUAAGAAUUCCAUAUCCUAAUGAAGAUUUGCCAAAGCCUGUAAAAAUUUCCAUUGAGGCUGUUUUACAAGCAGAGUCUGCUUUGAAAAUUGCUGAAAAAGAAGCCCUAGCUGGUACUUGGGAUGGAGAAGCAAGAGUAAUUACAAGACACUUACAUCUGACCCAGUUGAACAAUAACAAAAAGGUACCACCAAGUGGUUGGAAAUGUGAGAGAUGUGAUCUCACUACAAACUUAUGGCUAAAUUUAACCGAUGGCGCAAUCCUGUGUGGAAGGAAAUUUUAUGAUGGCACUGGUGGAAAUGACCAUGCUGUGGAACAUUUUAGAAACACUGGAUAUCCACUUGCUGUCAAGCUAGGAACUAUUGCUAGAGAUGGAAAAGCGGAUGUUUAUUCAUACGAUGAGGAUGAUAUGGUUGAAGAUCCUAAUUUAGCUGUUCACCUAGCUCAUUGGGGGAUAAAUCUUGCCCAUAUGGAGAAGACUGAUAAGUCAAUGGUUGAACUGGAGUUAGAACUCAAUCAGAAGUUUGGAGACUGGAUUGCCAUGCAAGAAGGAAACAAUAAACUCACACCCAUGUACGGCCCUGGUUAUACAGGACUUGUAAAUUUGGGAAACUCCUGUUACAUGAAUAGUGUUAUGCAAAUGUCUUUUACUAUACCAGAUUUUGUUGACAGAUUUGUCAGUAAGGCUAACGAAAUAUUUAAUCAAAAUUUGAACGAUCCUCCAAACGAUUUUAAUACGCAGAUGGCUAAAUUGGGAGUUGGUUUACUUUCUGGAAAGUACUCACAGCAACCAGAAUCUAAAACAGAUGACGAAAAUCGCCAAGGCAUACCACCGAGAAUGUUUAAAAAUCUAAUAGGUCGUGGUCAUCCUGGCUUUUCGUCUAAUCGCCAGCAAGAUGCACAGGAAUUUAUAUUGCAUUUAAUUAAUAUCUUGGAUAGAAACAGUCGUCAUCAAACUAAUCCAGCUGACUGUUUCAAAUUCAAAGUUGAAGAAAGAUAUCAAUGUAGUUCUGGAAAGGUCAAAUACACACAUAGGCCAGAAUAUUUAUUACCUAUUCCCAUACCAAUGGACAUGGUUUUAAAUAAGGAGGAAGUUGCAGCGUAUGAAGCUGAAAAAAAUAAAACUGAUGAAGAUAAAGCCAAAUUCGAUCCUAAUCUUAUUGUAAGGCCACGUAUAAAACUGUCCUCUUGUUUAGAGAGUUUUGCAAAAACUGAAAUUGUUGAACAAUUUUACAGUUCUGCUUUAAAUGAUAAAACCACUGCCACUAAAACCACAAGACUAGCGUCAUUUCCCGAUUAUCUCUUGUUACACUUGAAGAAAUUCACUGUGAAAGAAGACUGGACACCUAUUAAAUUAGACGUGGCUGUUGAGAUGCCAGACCUUUUAGAUUUGAACUUUUUGAGAGGCAAUGGACUGCAGCCAACUGAAGAGUUAUUGCCUGAAUCAAAUGCGGCUCCUCCAAUCGUUUACGACCAGGUUCUUCUUGGUCAAUUAGCAGAUAUGGGUUUCCCAGUCGAAGCCUGUAAAAGAUCUUUGUAUUUCACGGAAAAUCGUGGAUUAGAUUCAGCAACACAGUGGUUGAUGGAACAUAUUUCGGAUGCUGAUUUUUCAGAUCCUUUUGUGCCCCCAGGAGUAGACGCAAAAUCGGGUAAAAAUUCUGCCGCUUUUGUACCAAAUAAAGAAUCUUUAGAAAUGGUGAUGAGUAUGGGCUUUACCAAAGAGCAAGCUACUAAAGCCCUAAAAGCCACUAACAACAAUCUCGAGCGUGCCGCUGAUUGGGUAUUUAGUCAUUCUUCUGAACUAGACACUUUGGAUAUGGAUGUAGAUGCACAGCCGCCAGAGCCUUCAUUCAGGGAUGGCAGUGGAAAAUAUAAACUGGUGGGAUUCGUCACCCAUAUGGGUACAUCAACAAUGGUAGGGCAUUACGUGUGUCAUUUGCUGAAGGAUGGUCAAUGGGUGAUCUUUAAUGAUGAAAAGGUUUACGCGUCUGAAAAGCCGCUGAAAGAAUUAGGAUAUAUUUAUUUGUAUCAACGUCUGGACAAGUAGUCAUAGCUUUACAGAAUUUUUGUUUUUUGUAUAAAAUAAUUCUAUUGCUUUUUCUAUAAAUUAAAUAAAAAUAAUAAUUAUAUGAAUUUCAAAAUUA